AAUUGUAUAACUAACAUCUGCCAUUGUUCUUAUAGUUUCCAGUUGUAGUUUUACGUAUACUAGUGUGACCUCUCAGGAAACCGACUUCCACGCGCGACACAAGUUCGCGACGGUACGGACUUUUUAAAGCUGCCACACGUCAAAGCAAUAUUUACACAUAUAGUGCUUUUAUUGUAUAGCAUGGAGACGCUGACAUUUGGGCUGAGCCUUAUUCGACAUGGGGAAACGCAGCACAACAAAGACGGCCUGCUUCAAGGCCAGGCCAUCGAUUCACCCUUGUCUGAGACCGGGCUGCAGCAGGCGGAGGCAGCAGGCUGUUACCUUAAAGAUGUUGAGUUCAGCAACGUGUUUUCCAGUGACAUGCUGCGGGCUCAGCAGACGGCUGAAACAAUAAUGAAACACAACCACAGUUGUUCUGCCUUACAGUUGGUGUGUGACCCUUUGCUUAAAGAGAAAAGCUUUGGGAUAGCGGAGGGGCGGCCGGUGCAGGACGUGAGGGAGAUGGCCGAGGCAGCGGGCCAGUCCUUUCCAGGCUUCACCCCUCCAAAGGGGGAGACCCAGGAGCAGGUGAAAGAGCGCGUCAAAGGGUUCUUGGAGAAAACCCUCCAGCAGAUUGGGGCCCAACACUGGCGUGACGGAGGGGAGGGUGAGACCUCCUCCUCCUCCUCCUCCUCCGCUCCAUCGGCAGCAUCUCCCGCGGAGGGACGCGCAGACGAGGGGGUCCGAGGUGUCCCCGUCCACGCGCUGGUGGUCACCCACGGGGCCUACAUGUGCGCGGCGGUGCGUUUCUUCGUGGAGGAGCUAGGAUGCUCCUCGCCUCCGGGCUCCGACAGAGAGCACAUGUUCGCUCUGAGCCCCAACGCGGGUCUGAGUCGGUUUGUGCUCACCGUGAGGAGAGAGGAGGGCCGGUUCAGAUUGUCAGCCAUGCGCUGUGUCUUUGUCCACAGGUUGGGACGAGGGGGGCAUUCAAAAGUCGGAGCUAAAUGAACAGCAGUCUGCUUUUUUAAGCUGAGUGAAAAGUGAAAAGUAUCCACAUGUGGAACAGUUUUCUAUCUCUAGUAAUUGAAUACAGACAUCUAGUUUAAAUUCACCAAUAUUUCAUAAUGUGGCCUAAAAAAUAGAAUGAUUUAUCUCAUUUCCAGGGCAUAUAAUGCUGUUUGUGCGCUGGGCAGCUUUUAUUUCCACUCAUAGAGGGUUUGUGUUGCAGGGCAACGUCAUCACGUCUCUGGCUGUUCAUUACUCUAAGUGUGGGCAGCUUAGUGUUCUAAUGAGUCCAUGUUUCUAUAUAUAUUCUCCGGAUGUUCAUACGUAGGAAGAAAGAGCUGAACUGCAACAGUGUUAACUUUUGGGGAAUCAGUGACUUUGUCAUUGUUGGGAAUUAACCCUUAAGUCACUGAGGAAAAGUGCAUGCAGGUGGUUUCUGUAUUUUAUUCCACUCUGUUGUUCUCUGUGACCCUGAAAUUGAAAAAAAAAGGGACGCUGUAACACCUGAGCGCUCCCAUUUUCCAAAAUAAGAAAAUGUAGCCUCUAUAUGAUUCUGUAUUAUAGUUGAAUAUCUGUGGAAACUUGCCAAUGGGGAAAAAAGUUUAAAUUUAAAUAUAUGUUUAAAUAAAACAUUUUGUCUGCUCUGG